UCAAAGGAAUAAGCAUUUAAUGCAUUGCUCCCCUUUGAAACCCAAGUGCACUUUAAAAAAACAGUAGUACUCCGCCGGCCUAUUUUAUAAUAGAGCUGAAAACGCGGGAUGCUCUGACAGAUUGUGCCUAUUAUAUUCCCCCCUUAAAAAAACACUAUGUCAAGCUUGCGUAUGGUAACGUAUCGACUUAUUGUACCCUAUAGAGCCAAAUCAAAACGUCAUCAUUCUAAUAGAUGUCAUCAAAGCUUAAUCAGCAGUCCGAAAACGAAGCCGAAGUCGAGGUAUCUUGGACCGAUCAACAGAACAUUAACGCAUUCAGCAAAUUAAACGCAAAGAUUGACGAUCUCGAAGAGCAAUACGAAAAGCUAAAGCAAGAAAAGGAGUAUCUGGACGACGUGUCUAUGGAAUUAGAGCUGGCAGACGAAGACGAGCCGAUUCGACACAAAGUAGGCGACGCGUUUGUACAUAUUCCCGUGUCUGAAGCUUUGGAGCGCGUGGAAAAGGAUACAGAAAAGCUCAAGCUCCAAAUGGAAUCGGUUGAAAGUGAUAUGGAUUCGGUGCAAAACAAAAUGUCAGAACUCAAAAAGGUGCUCUAUGCGAAAUUCGGCAACUCCAUCAAUCUCGAAAAAGACUAAAGGAUCAUAUAUAUUUGUAAUAAAAAAAAAUCUAAAAGACAUCACUUUCACCAUCAAAUGGAUAAGUUAUGUAACCUACAUUGUCGGGACACAGUCAUAAGAACUUAUCUGCAA